AUGGUCGGUAUAACAACCGACGAAGCAGCUGCGACUGCUACAUUCAGCAAGGUAUGCGCCGAGAAAGGCCUCCUGAAGCGCGCGGGGUGGAAGGAUGGUGAUAUCCAGGAUGGAAUCACGGAUCAGCAUACUCUUCUACGCUUCCUCCAGGCGAAUAGCAUGAACCCCUCUCUCGCCCUCGAACAACUCCAACAAGCAACCGAUUUUCACACGAAGAAUGAGGUGCUGAAUCUGUAUGAUUUGAUCGAUAUUGAAGAUUACGAGGAUACACGGCGACUGUACCCAACUUGGACAGGCCGCCGCGACAACAGCGGUCGACCCCUGCUGAUGAUCGACAUAGCCGCCCUAGAAAAGGAACAUAUCAACCACUGGCGCGCAACGCGAAUGAUCCCCUCAGGUCGACGAGAUGGGGACAACUCGCGGUACACAUCGAACAUGGCGCAACGCGCGCUGGUGUUCUUCGACGGGCUCACGCGCUUUGUCCUCCCGCUGUGCACCGCUGUUCGGGACGCCCAUUCCGGCCGCCAGGAUAACGAUGUGUUGAAAUGCGUGGUUAUGAUCGAGGCGACGACGGUCUCGUUGAAGCAGGGGUGGGAUGUGAGGGAUUUUGCCAAGGAGAUUAGUUGGAUCCUCGCGACGUGUUUUCCAGAGGUUAUUGAUCGGAUUUAUGUCUGCAAUGCGCCAUCAUAUUUCUCAACGCUGUGGAAGAUGCUCAAGGGCUUCGUCGAGCCCAAGACUGCAGAGAAGAUUGUUGUUUUGACGAGCAAUGAGACAUAUCCUGCGCUUAAUGAGGAUAUCGAGCACCCCAAUAUCCCCGCGAAUUUUGGGGGAGGUUUCGCGUACGAGACUGGGAUUCUCCCCGAUCUGGAUGAGGAGCUCUGUCGAGCACUGCAGUGGUCAGUGCCGGAGGGGCAGCUGCCGCCUGGUCCGAUCAAAUGGGUUAAAACUGAUGGCGGCAAGUGGAAGGCGAUUGCUACGGGGACUAUCGAGGGGGUAGCGAGGGCCGACGAGGUAGCUGUCUUGUCGUUAAAUGCUCUCAAUGGAGCGCAGUUGUGA